AUGUCUGACACCGGCCGAAAGAACAUCACCGACCAAGCCAAGGAGAAAGCCACACCCGACUCGCAGAAGUCAUCUGUCGACAAAGCCACUGAAUCUGCCUCAUCCACAGCCGACAAGGGCAUUUCUUCGGUCCAGCCAAGUGAUAGCAAGUCAGCCACUCAGGAGCUAUCUGAUACAACCCGUAGCAAUGCCGACUCCGCUCAGGAAGAAGGCAAGGGCCUGGCUCAGUCAAUGACCGACACCGUCUCUGGAACCGCUGAGUCAGCUCAGAAACAGGGCAAGGACCUAGCUCAGUCUGCAUCCGACACUGUCUUAAGCACUGCCGAAUCAGCUCAGAAUCAGGGCAAGGACCUAGCGCAGUCUGCAUCCGACACUGUCUCAAACACUGCUGAGUCCGCUCAGAAUCAGGGCAAGGACCUAGCUCAGUCUGCAUCUGAUAAAGCCUCUAGCGCCGCCGAGUCCGCUCAGAAGCAGGCCAGAGAUAUAGCUCAGUCCGCAUCCAACAAAGCCUCUGACGCCGCCGAGUCCGCUCAGCAGCAAGGGAAAGAUGUCGCUCAGUCUGCAUCCGACAAAGCCUCUGACGCCGCCGAGUCCGCUCAGCAGCAAGGGAAAGAUGUCGCUCAGUCUGCAUCUGAUAAAGCCGAAUCCGCUCAGCAACAAGGCAAGGAUGUCGCUCAGUCUGCAUCCGACAAAGCCUCUGACGCCGCCGAGUCCGCUCAGCAGCAAGGGAAAGAUGUCGCUCAGUCUGCAUCUGAUAAAGCCGAAUCCGCUCAGCAACAAGGCAAGGAUGUCGCUCAGUCUGCAUCCGACAAAGCCUCUGACGCCGCCGAGUCCGCUCAGCAGCAAGGGAAAGAUGUCGCUCAGUCUGCAUCUGAUAAAGCCGAAUCCGCUCAGCAACAAGGCAAGGAUGUCGCUCAGUCUGCAUCCGACAAAGCCUCUGACGCCGCCGAGUCCGCUCAGCAGCAAGGGAAAGAUGUCGCUCAGUCUGCAUCUGAUAAAGCCGAAUCCGCUCAGCAACAAGGCAAGGAUGUCGCUCAGUCUGCAUCCGACAAAGCCUCUGGUGCCGCCGAAUCUGCUCAGCAGCAAGGGAAAGAUGUCGCUCAGUCUGCAUCCGACAAAGCCUCUGGGGCUGCCGAAUCCGCUCAGCAGCAAGGGAAAGAUGUCGCUCAGUCUGCAUCUGACAAAGCUGAAUCUGCUCAGCAACAAGGCAAGGAUGUCGCUCAGUCUGCAUCUGAUAAAGCAUCUGGUACUGCUGAGUCUGCAUCCGACAAAGCAUCAGGAACUGCCGAGUCUGCUCAGCAACAAGGCAAGGACGUCGCUCAGUCUGCAUCUGACAAAGCAUCAGGCACUACCGAGUCUGCUCAGCAACAAGGCAAAGACGUCGCUCAGUCUGCAUCUGAUAAAGCCUCUGGUACUGCCGAGUCUGCAUCUGAUAAAGCCUCAGGCACUGCCGAGUCUGCUCAGCAACAAGGCAAGGACGUCGCUCAGUCCGCAUCCGAUAGCACCUCUCGCAACACUGAGUCAGCUCAGAAAGAGGGCAAAGGUAUCCUACAGUCAGUAACCAACACUGCCUCAGACCUCAUUGAUUCUGCUAGCAAGGCUGCUACUGAUGCUGCGAACAAAAUUUCCGAGUCUACCAACACGAAGAAAUAG